AUGGCUCAUCUCUUCAGAGAGCUGUCUCUGGGUCAGUCCAAGAGAGAGGCAACGCCGCCGCCAUCGGCGACUUCACGGUCCUCUUCAAUGGCCACCGUUAUACCUUCCGAUCUACCUCCAUCUCCACUUGGACAACUCGCUGUCCAGCUCUCCGAAUCCGAUCUCCGUCUCACUGCCUACGAGAUCUUCGUCGCCGCAAACCGCAGCGCCACCGGGAAGACACUCUCAUCUGCUGUUUCAUCAGCCGCCGCCGUUGCCAAUCCCGACUCUCCUAACGGCGGCUCUCCUGCUUCUCCAGCAAUCCAACGCUCUCUGACCGCAACCGCCGCGAGUAAAAUGAAGAAGGCUCUGGGGAUGAAGUCGCUAUCUUCGUUAUCUCCUGGAUCUAUAACGAAGAGCCCUGGCUCGGGUUCUGGCUCGGCUACCGGUUCGGGUGGUAAAUCGAAGCGUCCCACUACUGUCGGCGAGCUCAUGCGGAUCCAAAUGCGUGUAUCGGAGAAUGUCGAUUCGCGUGUUCGUCGAGCUUUCCUCAGAAUCGCUGCUAGUCAGGUUGGAAGGAAGAUUGAGUCAGUGGUUCUUCCAUUAGAAUUGCUACAGCAGCUAAAGUCUUCUGAUUUCACGGAUAAUCAAGAAUACGAUGCGUGGCUCAAGAGAUCGUUGAAGGUUCUUGAGGCAGGUCUUUUAUUGCACCCUCGAGUACCGCUCGAUAAGUCGAACUCUUCUCAGAGACUGCGGCAGAUAAUUCACAGCGCACUAGACCGGCCUUUGGAGACUGGAAGGAACAAUGAGCAAAUGCAGAGUCUUAGAUCAGCGGUCAUGUCUCUAGCCACUAGAUCCGAUGGCUCUUUCUCUGACUCUUGCCACUGGGCUGAUGGCUCUCCGUUUAAUCUCAGGCUCUAUGAGCUGCUUUUAGAAGCUUGCUUUGAUUCGAAUGACGAGUCUUCCAUGGUUGAGGAAGUUGACGACCUUAUGGAGCAUAUAAAGAAGACGUGGGUGAUUCUUGGAAUCAACCAACAGCUUCAUAACCUCUGUUUCACUUGGCUUUUGUUUUCUCGCUAUGUUGUCACUGGACAAGUUGAGAUGGACCUGCUUUACGCUUGUGAUUCUCAACUAGCGGAAGUUGCUAAAGAUGCAAAGACAACGAAGGAUCCUGAAUACUCUCAGGUUUUGAGUGCUACUCUAAGUGCUAUAUUAGGUUGGGCAGAGAAGAGGCUACUUGCUUAUCAUGACACCUUUGACCGGGCUAAUGUUGGUACCAUGGAUGGAAUUGUUUCUUUGGGUGUAUCAGCAGCUAGGAUACUAGUUGAAGAUAUAUCUAACGAGUAUCGUAGGAGGAGGAAAGGAGAAGUUGAUGUAGCUCGUACGAGAAUCGAGACUUACAUCAGGUCAUCACUACGAACCGCUUUUGCUCAGAGAAUGGAGAAAGCAGAUUCUAGUAGGAGAGCAACUAGGAACCAGAAAAACCCUCUUCCGGUUCUCGCUAUUCUCGCUAAGGACAUUGGUGAGCUAGCUGUUCAAGAAAAGCGGAUGUUUAGUCCAAUAUGGAAGAGAUGGCAUCCGUUUGCCGCAGGGGUUGCUGUGGCUACACUCCAUGUUUGUUAUGGAAACGAGAUUAAACAGUUUAUAUCCGGAAUAUCUGAAUUGACACCUGAUGCUGUCCAGAUACUAAGAGCUGCAGAUAAGCUAGAGAAGGAUCUGGUGCAAAUCGCGGUAGAGGAUUCUGUUGACAGUGAUGAUGGUGGCAAAGCAAUUAUCCGUGAAAUGCCUCCUUUCGAAGCUGAGACAGUUAUUGCUAAUUUGGUCAAAGACUGGAUCAAGGCAAGAAUAGACAGACUGAAGGAAUGGGUUGACAGGAACUUGCAGCAAGAGGUUUGGAAUCCGUUGGAGAACCAAGAAGGAGGAUAUGCACAAUCUGCUGCUGAAGUGUUGCGGAUUACUGAUGAAACUUUGGAUGCGUUUUUUCAGCUUCCCAUACCGAUGCAUCCUGGGGUCUUGCCUGAUUUGAUCGUUGGUUUAGACAAAUAUCUUCAGUAUUAUGUCUCCAAAGCGAAAUCUGGUUGCGGCUCUCGGACGACGUAUAUGCCUACAAUGCCUGCACUCACCAGAUGUACAACAGGAUCAAAGUUCCAAGGCGUGUGGAAGAAGAAAGAAAAGGCACUUCCCUUGCAGAAGAGAAACUCUCAGGCUUCGAUUGCCAACGGUGACAAUUCCUUUGGUGUCACGCAGAUAUGUGUCAGAAUAAACAGCUUGCACAAGAUCCGCAGCGAGCUCGAUGUAGUGGAGAAGAGAGUGAUCACACAUUUGAGGAACUGUGAAUCAGCUCACAACGACGACUUCUCCAAUGGCUUAGGAAAGAAGUUUGAGCUCACUCCAGCGGCUUGCAUCGAAGGCGUUCAACAGCUAUCCGAGUCUCUGGCUUACAAACUCGUCUUCCAAGACCUAAGCCACUCAUUAUGGGACGGCUUAUACAUAGGCGAGCUCUCAACCUCUAGAAUCGAGCCUUUCCUCAAGGAGCUAGAACAGAAUCUGACACUCAUAGCAGAGACAGUACACGAAAGAGUCCGUACACGGAUCAUAACCGAUAUUAUGAGAGCCUCUUUCGACGGCUUCUUACUUGUCCUGCUCGCUGGAGGACCCUCUAGAGCUUUUACAAUACAAGACUCUCAGAUAAUGGAGCAAGAUUUUAAAGCUAUGAAAGAUUUGUUCUGGGCGAACGGAGACGGUCUUGCCAUGGACCUGAUCGAUAAGUUCUCGACCGCGGUCAGAGGCGUGCUUCCUCUGUUUAGUACAGAGACAGAUAGUUUGAUAGAGAGGUUUAAAGGAAUGACGCUCGAAGCGUAUGGUUCUUCAGCUAAGUCUAGGCUUCCGUUGCCUCCGACUUCAGGCCAGUGGAAUGGUAUGGAGCCGAACACGGUCUUACGGGUUUUGUGUUACCGGAACGAUGAAUCUGCUACGAGGUUUUUGAAGAAGACGUAUAAUCUGCCAAAGAAGCUCUAG